AUGGGGUGUAAAAUGACAAAAAGACGAAAACAAAAAGUAAAAGAAAAGCAUAGUUUGAUUCGAAAUCAUCCGAAUGAUGAUCAAGAACAACUUCCUAUAAAUAUGGAAGGUAUAACAUUAAUCUGGUGUGAUACAAAUAUUGAUCUAGAUACUGAUGAUGAUAAUGAAGAUAUACAUCACACUAUGGAAUUAUUAAAAGAAAGCAAUGAUUUUAUUUUAUUUUUUUCCAACGAAAAAAAAUGCACAGACUAUAUAAAAUCAAUUGAAAAUGAAAAAUUAUUUUUAAUUACAUCUGGUAAAUGUGCUAUACAUUUAUUACCCUUAAUUCAUCAACAUAAACAAAUUGAUUCAAUUUACUUGUUUUGUUUAAAACAAAAACCAUAUGAAUAUUUAUUAAAAGAUUAUUCAAAAAUUAUUGGUAUUUAUACACAACAACAAGAAUUAAUUGAUUCUAUUCGAAAAAAUGUAUAUAUUGUUGAAAAACAUAUGGCAACAUUUACUUUUUAUGAUAAAACAAAACAAAACUCUAUUCGAGAUUUAUUUAAUGAACCGGCCUCAUUUUUAUGGUUACUCUUAUUUAAAGACGUUAUUACAAGAAUACCUAAUGAUAAUCAAGCUAAACAAGAACUUGUUGAAAAAUGCCUUGAAUAUUAUCAUGGUAAUCAGUCACAAAUAAAAUUUAUUGAAGAAUUUAAACAAACAUAUAAACCUGAAGAUGCUAUAAAAUGGUAUACAAAACCGGCAUUUGUUUAUAAGUUAAUAAAUAAAGCAUUACGAACAGAAGAUAUUGAACAAUUGUAUAUAUUUCGAUAUUUUAUAUCAGAUUUAUGUGAAAAUUUAAAAAAAGAGUAUCAGAUUAUAAAAGAAAAUUUUGAUAUUAUAACUGUUUAUCAUGGUGGACGAUUGCGAGAUGAUGAAUUAGAAAAAUUGAAAAAUCAUAAAAAUCAACCAAUAUCAACAAAUGGAUUUUUUUCAACUAGUCUUUCAAAAGAAACUGCCUUCCUCUUUGCCGCAAGAUUUAGUGAUAUACCAGAUGAAGAUGAGGUUUUGUUCGAAAUAGGUGCAACAUUUGAAGUUUUAGCUAUUAACCAUGAUGAAACAUUAAAUAUGUGGAUUGUAAAAUUAAAAACAACAGAUAAAGGCUCAAAGAUUGCGAAUGACUAUAUUGAAACAAAUAGAAAAGAAAUGAAUGAAUCAAGUUCUAAAAUAAUGUUUGGUAAACUUUUAAGUGAAGUUGGUAAGUAUGAUAAAUCACAAGAAUAUUUCGAAAAUCUUUUAGCUAAUCCAAAAGAUGAGGAUAUAGCUGAAAUUUAUAGUUGUAUUGGCACAACAAAAAGAUUAAAAGGUGAAUAUGAUGAUGCACUCAAAGAUUAUCAACGUACUUACACAAUGAUAAUUAAUACUAGACCAGAACGUUCAAAAGAUUUAUUAAGAUUACUGAAUAAUAUGGGAAAAGUUUAUAUGGAAAAAGACCAACAAAAUGAAGCAUUAGAUUAUUAUUUAAGAGCUCUAAAAGUUAGAACAGAUGCAUUAGGUCCUGAGUAUUUCGAUCGUGAUAUAGCAAUUUUAUUAAAUAAUAUAGGUCUAAUUUAUUAUUAUAAAGGUGAUUGGAAUAAAUCAUUAGAAUAUCAUUUCGAAUCAGUCAAUAUGAAACAAAAAUGUUUUCCAAAUAAUCAUAAGGAAUGGUGUGCCAGUUAUCAUAAUAUAGCUCUUGUUUAUCAGGCAAAAUGUGAAUAUAAUACGGCAUUAGAAUACAUGGACAAAGCCUUAAAAAUUGAAGAACAAUAUUAUUUACCUGACAGUGAACGACGAUCAUUAACCUAUACCACAAUAGGUAAUAUACUAAAUGAUCAAGGUGAAUAUGAAAAAGCAUUAGAAUAUCAAUUGAAAUCAUUGAAUAUAACUGAAAAACUUUUUCCAUUAGGUCAUCCAAGUCUUGCUUUUAGUCUAAAUAAUACAGCUGAUGUAUAUGAAAAAAUGCAUAAUUUAAAUAUUGCACUUGAAUAUUAUGAAAGAGCAUUAAUUAUGUAUAAACAAUUUUUACCAAAAGAACAUUUGGAUAUUGUUCGAACAGAAGAAGAUAUUAUUCUGUUAAAAGAAAAAAGAAAAUUACAACAACAGCACGAUUAA